CAAAUCGAAGAAGAAGGCGAGAAAAAGGGAGGAAAAAGAAGAUGAGCGUGUUUUCUCUGGUCAGCAUGGCCAGGCAGUGGUGUGACGGCCACUCCACAUCCAUUCUUUGUGUCAGGGUUUCUCAGGACACUGAAGGCCUUGUGGCUUCAGGCUCCGAGGGUGGAGAAGUAACUUUGUGGAGCCCAGACAGUAGCAUCAUAGGGCGUCUCACUCUGCCUGAGAAAGAGGACAGUACAAGUGUAGUUUUUUCACCCACAGCCCUGGGUCUGUUGUAUGUGUCACACGGGGACACGGUGAGUGUUCUCGACCCGCGGAACCUGAAGGGUAGCGUAGAAGCAUUUCAAGGUGCUGGGGAAGAAGAGAUCAAUGCUUUGGCACUGAAUGAAUCUGGUUCAGUCCUGGCAGCAGCAGAUGACUCCGGAGCAGUUAGGAUAUUAGAACUUCCUGAUGGAAAAGUGUGCAGGACUCUUCGGAGACACACAAACAUCUGCUCAUCUGUGGCUUUCCGACCUCACAGACCCAACAGCCUGGUGUCUGCUGGACUGGACAUGCAGGUAAUGUUAUGGGGCCUGCAGAAGAUCCGUCCCCAUUGGACCCUCAACCUCCAGGAGUUGGCAGAAGAGGAGGGGGACCAUCAGCAGCAGACUGGGCAGCUUUUCAACCCGCCGCUGGCCCAUUGCAUUUCUGUGGCAAGUUGUGGAAACAUUUUUGGUUGUGCUGCAGAGGAUGGACGGGUUCAUCUGAUGCGAGUCGGCAGUGGUUCUAAACUCGAGCAGCAGGGAACAGUCAAAGCUCACAGUCAAGGAGCCUCCCAGGCCCACUUCAUUAGUUUCCUUCCUCAUCCAUAUUGGCUCGCCACCGGGGGAAAUGAUGGUCAGGUUGCCAUGUGGGAUCUUAGUAGGCACCCAGUAGUCACAUCAGAACAAAAAACCAAAUCGACCCAGGUGUCCCGACCCAGGAAGGGUAAGAACAGAACAAAGCACAAAGGGCAGUGUCAAGAUAAAAGAGUGACGGUUCAAAGAGAGAAAGAGAAACCUGAAGAGCCCACAGAGGAGGAGACGGAGAGUUCUGGGCCCAAACUGAGUAUCAGCCAUGGGGACAAAGUGAACUGGUUGUGUCCCGCAGUGCUGAAAGGGGAACCCAGUCUGAUCGUUGCUGAUCAAAGCUGCCAUCUAACAAUCUACUCUCUCUCUCAGCUGUAGUUUCAUGCAUUUCAAAGUGAUUUCAUUUUUAGUGUGGUGUGGUUAAUACACUGUUUUGAAUGUAUUGUAUUGUUUAUACAAGCAGGUCCAUAAGUAUGUGGACAGCGACGUAACUUAUGCCUGUAAUUUUGCAUUUGUCCACCACCACAAAGGAGUUGAACUGAAACAAGAGGUGCUUUAAGCUUUAAUCCAAGGAGUUUCACAAAAAAGUAGCUGUUACAGUCAUUGUUAUACACAGUUCUGCCACUUUUAGGGGUCAUAAGUAAUUGAACAAGCAAGGUAUGAAUGUUACUGUUGGUACAAAUCA